GGCGCUGGGGCGGUGCGUGGGCCGGGCUCCUCUCGCGCGGCGUGUUCCUUGCUUCGGCCCCGCGCAGCAGCGGCAGCCUGCUGGAGGGCCCGGCGGUCGCCAGGGCGCGGGCAGGGGGCGGUCGGGGAGGCGAGGCGGCCGCGCGGAUGAUGACGGGGCUGGUGGGCAGCCCGGUGGGUGCCGUCAUGCAGGAGAACUUCGGGUGCUCCGUCGCCAAUCGCUUCUGCCAGCUCCUGGACGACGAGUCGGACCCGUUCGAUGUCCUGCGCGAGGCCGAGCGCCGCCAGCAGCAGAAGAAAAAGCGCGAUGAGGCGGCGGCCGUCGCCAGGAGAGCCGUGCCUGGCGGCCGGGCGAGCGGCCGCAAGAGGGAGACCCAGAAGGAGCGCAGGCAGCCGGAGAGCUCCCCCGCACCCUCCCGUGCGGCGCCGCCGCAGCCAGGCCCAAAGCGAGUACCCAGGCAGGGAGAACAACAAGGGUUCAGUAACAGAGGCACAGAGGGGAAACAGGACAAAACUGAAUGGAGACCAUCUUUCAGGGAAUACCGUCCCUAUGGAGCACAAAGACGAGUGGAAUUCUCAGUGGAACGACCAAUGGAAAGAUUAGACUAUGAAAGACCAAUAAGAGGCCGUGGUGGGGGAAGAGGCAGAAUGAGAGGUAGAGGAAGAGGUGGUGGAUUAAUUGGAAGUUUUGAUGGGUUUGACCAAAGAAGAAAACGUGAACCUGAAAGACAAAGUGGGAAUGAUAAAACAGGUGUGAAAGCAGAUGACAAAAAGGGUGGAGGUGGAGCUCGCAACUGCAGAACAAUAAAAGAUGAUACGAGUGGGAAGGAACAGACUGCAUCUAUGGAGGAGACUGUGGAAACUCCUGAACAGCCAGGGACAUCUGAAGGAGAGCCUCUGAGCAAGGCUGCUGAAGGAGAGCCAAUGGAAGAAGUGGUUCAAGAAAUGACAUUAGAUGAGUGGAAAAAUCUUCAGCAACGGAAUAGACCAAAGCCUGAAUUCAACAUCCGGAAGCCAGAAUCCGCUGUUCCUUCCAAAGCAGUGGUGAUUCACAAGUCAAAAUAUAGUGACGAUUUGCAAAAAGACGACUUUGAAGAUAAUUCUCACGUCUUUCGAAAACCAGUGAAUGAUAUAACUUCUCAGCUGGAUAUUAAUUUUGGGAGUCUUCCUCGCCCUGGCCGUGGUUCAAGAGGAGCACGAGGUGGUCGUGGCAGAACACCUGAAGAGACAGGACCUCGACCAGAAGUAAUGGUGCAGCUUGUUGCUCCAAAUCCUGAUGAUCCUGAGGAUUUUCCAGCGUUAGCUUGAGGACCCAUUGUGAAUGGUGGUAUCUCAAAGUUGCUUUGUAACUGUGAAGAGACCAGUUCUAUGCUGGUGUGGAUUAAGGAAGCCAGUUUCCUUCUGGAAAGUUGUUUGGGUGUUUGGUAUGGAAUGAUUGCAGCUGUCUGCUAAUAGAUUUGGGUUCUGCAGAUAUGGGUAGACUGGGAUCCUGUCACAGGCUCCAAUGUCUGCCUCCAUUUAUGAAACCUAUGGGAAGGCUUAGAGUACUUCCCUACUAGGCUUCAAGUGAAGUUAAAGGGAAGAGUGUUUAAAAAUGUAUAUAGAGAUUAUAUCAAGUUCUCCAUGACACCAUGGUGAAAUGUAAACUGUACAACACAAUCCACAACUGGGACUCAAUUUCACUGUAUAUUUGAAAGUUGUUUCCUUCGGGUGAAGUGUAUAUUUCAGACAGUCACAAGUUGCAGUUCUUCAGUGUUUUACAAAUAAAGAAAAGUGCACAUUGGUUUGGGUUUGAGGUAUUAUUUUAAGAAGUCAGAGUGGUAGGUGGAAGCUUUUGCUAUUUGGAUAUAGUCUGGAGAAAAAAACUGGGGGGAAAAACCCAAACCCUAAACAGCAAUCUGUACUCACCAAAAAAAAAGUGAACAUCUCUCUAAAUGGAAGUGAUCUUUAAAAUCAAGGCAGCAUAGGUGCUUUGAAUUGACACCUAACCCUAAUUCCUACUUAAGCAACAAGAUAUAGUCUGCAGUUACUUUGAAGAUUAAGUAAAAUAAGAAUUUUAAUCUUAAGACAGAACUAAAUUAUUAAGUAAGUUUUUAAUUUUAGCAGGAGCAACUACAAACUAAAAUGUUAAAUGCCUUACCAAGAAAUUUGUGAUGUUGGGGAUGAGGUGCAAUGUUCUUUCAUUGCAGCUUUACCAUACUUGAGCCAGAUUUUCUGUUCCCUGUCCAAGGGGACAUUGAGAGCCAUUCUGGGGGAUAUGAGAGAAACAAGAAAAUGGUGCCAGAGGUGAUGACAGAAAGAAAGAAGCGGAAAAGCACACUGGGCAUUUUGGAAGUAGCUGUCAGCCUCACAGGAGUCUUCAAAUGCCUGCUCAACUUGAACACAUUCUUUAAAUUUACUGGGAAAGCAGAUGACUAUAAAUCUGUGUUUUCCCAGUUCUGUGCCUCACUUCUAAGCAACUCUAAGCAGUCUCCUUUGAGAGUAGAUAGUGGAUGAAACUUAGAAGAAAAGCUUUUCUUUGGAGUAAGCUCUAAGAGUACUCACAAUCUUAGAAGUCUUUGCUCACUGAUAAGGCUUUACUCAAAUAGGAUGUAAGUCAUCCUACAAAGACUCUUUUCUGUAAGCUCCAAACAGAUGGUCUGCAGAGUAGGUAAGCCCAAAGGAUUUGUUUUUGCAUUGUUAAAUUAUUUAUAUGACAAUGUGCUGUAACGUGAGAUUUUUUUACUUUGCAAGAAGUUCAUUGUAGUGGCAUAGAGAUGCUCUGACUUGCAGUAGGAAGAAUGUUCAAAAGCAAAGUUUUGGUGUGAGAGGAACCCAUGCUGCUGCUAUUUGAGUAACUGAAUGGGAUGAAAUAAUGCAUACCUCCUUCACUUUGUAGUCAUGAAGUGUUACUUGAAAUCACUGCAGUUUAAGAUUUACCUGAUGCUGCCCUUUUUACAGGUGUUGUUUGUUUCUGCCAAAAAUGGAAAUUUAAUCAAUGUGGAAUAGAAGUGAUUUUGUUUGUGGGGUUGUUGGAAUAUUUUGCUUGUUCUUCCCUUCUUGUUCCCAUUUUCCCAUUGGACAAGGAAGAAUGUGUCUGAAUUUUUAUUUGUAUUUUUACUUGCUGGAGUGAGUGAAUUCAUAGAGAUGAGGAGAGCUUCUUGGCAGGGCUUCCUUCUAUUUCCUGUCAUGUUUUGAAUAUAGCCUUCUCUUCCACUGACCUGUUUUUGCUAAGGAAAGUGUUCAUAUGCUUAAAAGUAACCCUCCCUUUUUCUACUAAAAAUCAAAUCUUUGCUAUGCUGUGCUACUGGGCUCAAUCUGCUGUGAUGCAUUCAGUUUAGUUCUGACUGUUCUCUGAGAAAACUGAGAGAAUUGUUUAUUUUUCAAUCUCCUUCCUGCUGUUGCAAAGUUACUGUUUAUUCUUCUAACUUUGAUCUGCCUUUCCAAACAAAAUGACAAAUAGGUUCUUUGGGGAAUGCUUUAAAGGAUUUGUGAAAAUGUGUCUUUAUAAUCCACUUUUGGUUAGCAGAUCGUAAACUCCUGGUUAAAAGGAGAAAAGGCUGGUUACAAGACUGUUUAAUUAAAAACAGAACAAACCAACCACCCAAAACUAAAAAAUACAACCCAUCCAAAGCUUUGUGAGAAUGAGAUUUAGUGUAAUUGAUUACUGCUUCAACCAGUUAGAGCAUGUAUGUGUGACGAUUUUAUUUUUCAGCUUGUCAGACUUGAACAUGGCUUCAGAGUUUCUCUAGUUGAUGGUAUAUCCAAGUAUAGAAAUUAUUAAUUGCAAGUGAUGACAGUGAAUGCAAUUUCUUUGCCUAGCUGUGAUAACAGAACUGUAAAUCUCAGUCAUCUGUCAUAUUUAAGGUACCAAAAUAGCUGUAUCUGCUAAGCACAGAUUUGCUGCUGUCACUCCUGGUGUAGCUUUACUCCUUCAUGUAAAGCAGUUGGCAGCAGGUGUAAAUAUAUAUACAAACACUAGUAGAAUAUGGCAUGCAUAUUAAGAAGGGAUUAAAUUGUGUUGCAGGUCUUAGUCAUGUUAUUCUUUAAUGCACUGCUGCCAGUUACUCUUUGGAUUAAUGUAGUGAGUGGCCUAGGAAAAACUGCUGCAUUUCAGGUUUAAGUUUUAGAUUCAUGUUAAGUUGCAGUAAGUUUGCAAAGAAAGGAAUUCACCUCUCUUCAUGACUGCCAUUUACAUAUUAUAAUGUUGAUAUGUUGUUGUUCAGUUGAAUCAUAUGCAGUAGUACAGUUUAGGAUUGGCAAGUGUAUAUUAAUAUAAAAGUGCCUUUAGAAGAAGGGGAGAGAAAUGUCUGUGCUUAAGAUGAGAAUACCAAAGAAUGAAUUAAGAGACUAAGAAGUAAAAACCCUGAGUUGAUGAAUAGGAAUAUUGGGCAUUUGAGCCCAUAAGAAAUGAGCUUUCAGCUGGUUACACAUUUUUUUGGUAUGAAAACUGGCCUUGGAGUAAAAGUGUGUAUUGGGCCCAAAUUCAGAAUCUGUACCUCUAGUACACUUAUGCCAUUAAGAUUAUCCUUAAUCUUAUAUUAUACAAUUUUCACAUAAUUUUUCUGUUUUUCUUUCCAGAGCUGUCACAGACACAUACACACAUAUUGAUAGGAAAAACUGAAUAUAUGUGUGCAUACACGCACACACACAGAUAUAUAUAUAUAUGUACAUGCAGUGUUGGAAGUAAUGCAAUGCUGACUCAUUAUCAGUGGAUCAAUAGUUGAAUGUGAAAAAUUAUUCUUUGCAUAAAAAAGACAUUUCAAUCACUGAAUAUUGGGCAUGAAAUCAGAGCUUUUUCUCUUUGAGUAGCAUAUGCUGAGCAAGUACUGAACAGUUUGUGCUUGGAGGGAGGUAGCCUUCAGUCUUUGGAGGAAGCAACAACUGUUACACGUCGGCUGUGUUGCUUAGAAUUUAACUUGAAAUACAUUUCAUCUUCAGUUUUUUAUUUCUCUUUUUUAUUUCUCAGCAAAUGCCUUUUUGAAUUUGUGAUACAAGUGUUGCAGAUAGCAGUAUCUUCAGUGCAGCCUCAGAUACUGCAUCAGAUUUAAUGGCUGUUGGAGAUGAACCAAUGCUAAGUAAAUUGAAUAAAGUUUCUGCUCUCCCUGUUUAGGUAACUAAACUAGUUACAAGUAAAACUAACAAGUGUGACUGUUCAUAUUCUGUGUUCUCUUGUCUCUGCAAUGUUUUACAGCUAGUUAACAGGACUCAAUAAGCUGUUACUUGCUUUUAGCAAUAGUUGUUCUUCUGUUGAGAUUUGUACAGUAGUUACUGUUUGAAUGAAAGAUACUGAAUUUUGUGUACUGGAAUUAAAUCAGUGGGAUAAUUCUGCUAAAACGUAAAAAUAACAGCAAGGUACAAAAUUUUUUUCUCGUGCCAGAAGAGAAUAAUAAACUGACACAUUCUGAUCCAGGAAUUCUGUAUAUUUUAGUUGUUUGAUUAUAUUUCUGUUGCUUAUGGAUUGAGUGCUUCUUUUCGGAGUUUUUGCUAGCUCUAGCAAAGACUUGGAACCUUAGAGGCUGUUGUAGGAAAAGAAAAACCCAAUGAAAAUGCCACCAGAGUGAACGAAGACCAGAGGCUAGAAAGGUCUGAUCAGUGGGAAGAAGAGAUGGAACUCCAAAAAAUCAAUGUUAAAUAGUAGUUCACUUUAAAAUAGGUAUGAUGCUGAUGUAAAGAGAUGGACAAAAAACACCUAGAAGCAUGAAAGCAGGACAAAUAUAAUAUGUUUUAAGUACUGACUAGAGAUUCAGUCCAGUGAGCAUGUCAUUUUGGGAAGAAUGGUGAAAGAUCAACCUAGUAGUAGUAAACAUGAACUCAGGAAGAAAUACAAGGAUGUCUAGAGAAAAGCUGUGUUCAAAGGAGUGAUAAUGAAGAGAUUGAGCCCUUCCACUGAGCAGAAAACAAUGGAUUAUUCUGCUAUCUUAAAAGAAUGGCAUCAAAGCACUGACAGAGGCAAAAGCAAGCUCACAAGGGUAAGAAGUGAUGUUUCAUUAUUUACCCUCCUGCUAUUGGCAUUACUCUCGCUUUGGAUUUUCUUGCAUUAGUAACAGCUGAUGCCAGGGUCUGUUCCCAUCAUGCUGUCAGGAUACAAAGACUUUGGCGUUUGCCACUUUAUCCUGUUAGUGCUGUAACUGAGCUGCAGCAGCUGGCAUGGUUGGAGGUGCUAGUGGCACAGAAGAGCUUUUCAUCUGCUGCUAUGCUCUUAUGCAGCAGGGCCACCACAUGCUGGGUUGAGGGAUCCAAAACACCAGUGGCUGCUUGGCCUCUCUGGUAUAUUUAUCAGCCUUUAGUACUAGGACAGACCUUGAUAGAGAGGACAUGGACCAGGAAUGGAGUUGUUUAAAGGACAGACUUUCUAGGUGCCUUCUUCCACCCCCUUUGUGACAGUCCGGCACUUGACAAGGCUCUUGGAAAUAUCCCAUGAAUGGAGGGUGUCAUGUUUAAUACCAGAUUUACUUACUUGAAGAUGGUUCAUGUCACAUGGCAUUUCUAGUUUGGAGUGAUACAAAGUAUACUGAAAACACAAACAUAAUAUUAUAAUUAAUGUAGCAAUUGAAGAACACAGAUCCUUCACAAUACCAGUAUGACUCCCUUUAUUGGUCCUUAUGAAAUACAUCCUCACUGUCAUCAUGCGAGGUGUCCUCAGGUGUCAAGAAGGAAUGGGGAGGGUUGAUCAUUUAAAGCCCAUUGUUCUCUUUGAAAUUCUUAUGGCAGUUGUCUGGCUUUUAUUUGUGUUCAUUCUCCCCAUGCUGUCCUAGUCUUCAUUCUUGCUAAAGAAGUACUGGUUGAUCCACCCAAACUUUGAUAGCCACUUAUCCAAAACAAAGGCCACCCCAUGUUCCUUCUGAGUUGAGAUAAAUUCAUCUUUGUAACUGCUCUGGUCCAUCUUUUCCUGAGCUUCAAAAGCACAUCACCUUUUUGUCUCUUCUCUUGACCUUAUUCCAUAUUUAGGACUUAUUAGCCACAUCCAUAUGAAACCAAUCCCAGAACCAGAAGUGCAAGAAAAAUACAUUUCUUCCUCAACAAACCCUUGGUGAGGUAGGUUUAAUGCACAGCUUCUCUCUGAAACUAGGCUCAGAUUUCAUGUAUAACAAGGCAUCCUUUUUGCUAUAUCAUGUUUUUGUCUACUCCUACAUAAGCAAUGUAGAAAUUGCAAUGCAAAGGAGGCUAAAUAGAUCCAAAUUGAAGUUACUCAGAACUACUGUGAACAGAUUAUUCUUGCAUUGACUUCUCAAUGGAAUUGUCUUGGGCCACUGUUCAGUUUUUCUCUGUGGGAUUCUUUCUGUCCUCUGCCCUCCCCUGCCCUGUGCCAGUACUCCUUAAAUUGCUAAUGAUGUGAUAGGGCUUAACUGUGUUUUCCUGUGGGCAUCACAUGCAUAAAUUGGUGUUCUCCACCAUUCACUCUUCAUCAGGCAGCUUGUUCAUCAGGAAAAGGUGCU